AUGAAUCCACAAAUUGAAAAAUCAAAUAGCGAAUACUAUGAGGAGUUUUGUAAAGACAUGCCUCCGGUGGAUGAGGCUGCCAAGGAAGCUGUUAUAAAUCGUUAUCCUUUGUAUUGUACCACUGCCAUUACACUCUGGAAUCAUACGGGCGAUAUAACGAAAGAUUUCAAAAAGCGUUAUUCUAUAACACGUCCCGUUGAAGAUCAAACUGAACAGUUUGGUUGAAAAUUAAAUUUUUGAGAUUUGAUUAUAUGUAUUUGGAACCAAAUAAAUUAUAAUGAUUUCAUUUUAAAAUUUAUUUUUGCAAUUUUUAGAAUCC